GUAUCCUAUCAAGUGACCGCCUAGAUUAUAUCAUUUUCCUUUUCCUUUUCGUUUAAUCUUGAUCUCGUUUUCGUGUGGGUCGGCUCUCUGGGUGAACGGGUUUGUCUUGGGUUGGCUGCUCAGUCUCUCACAGAGAGAGAGACAGAGAGAGAUCAUGCCGGCGGGGAGUGCUGCAUUAGCGUUGUUGUGCCCACGAGUUUGCGCUUUUCCUUCUUCUCUGGGGCGCAACCUCUUCUCUCUCUUUGAUUCCCCGGUUUCACGUCCCCUCCGUCGCCUCUGCUUCUCCUCCUGCCCUUCUUCCAGCUCCAGACAACGAGUGACAGCCGUAUGUAAUUUCAGCUCUUACAGUGAUGGAGGUGCUGCAGUCAUGGAUAUGGAAAACAAUGGGCUAGAGAAUAUGGCAAUUGAUGUUAACCCACCAAAAGGCACCCGGGAUUUUCCUCCAGAAGAAAUGCGUAUCCGCAGCUGGCUUUUCCAAAAUUUUAGAGAGGUUUCUCGGCUCUUUGCAUUUGAAGAAGUUGAUUUUCCUGUUCUUGAGUCGGAGGCCCUUUUCAUUAGGAAAGCUGGAGAGGAAAUCACUGAACAGCUUUACAGUUUUGAGGACAAGGGAGGCCGUCGUGUUGCCUUGAGGCCUGAGCUUACUCCUUCGUUGGCACGACUCAUCAUACAAAAGGGGAAAGCAGUCUCCUUGCCCAUAAAGUGGUUUACAAUAGGCCAAUGUUGGCGUUAUGAGCGCAUGACUAGGGGACGACGUCGUGAGCAUUACCAAUGGAAUAUGGACGUUAUUGGAAUAACUGAAGUCACGGCUGAAGCAGAACUCAUAUUUGCCAUUGUGACUUUAUUCAAGCAGCUUGGAAUAACAUCAUCAGAUGUUGGGUUCAAAGUUUCCAGUCGCAAGGUUCUGCAAGCAGCAAUGCAACAGUGUUCCAUAUCUGAACAUUUAUUCACAAAAGUGUGCAUUACAAUUGAUAAGAUAGGAAAGAUGGAAAUGGAUGAGAUAGAAAAGGACCUUGCUUCAAGUGGAAUACCAAUGGAGUCAGUUAAAACGCUUCUGCAUAUCGUCUCUCUAAAAACAAUAUCAGAACUGGAAGAGGUACUUAGCGAUCAAAAUGCCAUUGUCGAACUUAGGCAACUUUUCUCACUUGCUGAACACUAUGGUUACUUGCAAUGGAUUGAAUUUGAUGCAUCAGUUGUUCGCGGGCUUGCAUAUUACACAGGAAUAGUCUUUGAGGCCUUUGACCGGGAUGGAAAGCUGAGGGCAAUUUGUGGUGGUGGAAGAUAUGAUCGGCUGCUCUCAACACUAGGUGGUGAAGAUCUUCCGGCUUGUGGAUUCGGCUUCGGUGAUGCAGUGAUUGUUGAAUUGCUCAAGGAGAAGGGUUUGUUGCCUGCUUUACCUCUCAUGGUGGAUGACAUAGUUUUCGCCAUUGAUGGAGCUCUCCAGCAAAUGGCAGCUACGGUCGCAUCUACUCUCAGACAAAAAGGGCAAAAAGUUGACCUUGUUCUUGAAAGAAAAAAGCUCAAAUGGGUCUUUAAGCAUGCUGAGCGGAUCAAUGCAAGUAGGCUUAUACUUAUUGGGGAAUCAGAGUGGCAACAAGGGAUGGUUAGGGUGAAGAACCUAUCUACGCGUGAAGAAUCAAAUGUCAAACUAGAUGAUUUGUAGUGACCAUCAAUCUGUAACUUAAUUGCUAUUGUUAUUUGGGUUUGUUGCACUCCUGUAUGCCAUUUAUUUAAUUUCUUAUGAAUAAGAAAAGUCACAACAUUCUUGUGGAUA